AUGGAGGAACAAAGGAACAAACAACUUCAAAUAGUUCAAUUCCCUCAUGUACCCCAGGUUCCAAUAAUAACAACAUCAGAGAGUACAACUAGGUACGUCCCCCCUUUGGCAAUAGAUCAAGAUCAUAGAGAAAAUGGUGCAAAUUGUAAUCGACAAGACUAUAACAUGCUGAACUCAAGUGUACCGAAUUAUGCUAAUCAUUUGCAAUGGCAUGGACAAGGAGUAGAAACUCAAGGAAUUACUAAUAAUGGUUCUAAUUUGAUCAAUAUUGGUUUUGGCAACGAUAUGUUUGGAUAUGGUAAUUUACCAUAUCGACCAAUCGAACAAAUUCGAAAUGGUUAUAUCCCAAUGGUUCAUCGUCAAGCUACUUACAAUAACGGUGGACAUGUUCAAUUACAUGAACAAAGAUUUCCAUACAACAGUGUUGAUUUGGGGGUUGAAAGAAGAAGAAAGGACCAAAGUGAUCAAUUUGUGCAUCCAAAUUUUAAUGGUAGACAUGUACGAGGAAGGGGAAUUGGGUCAAUUGGCCCAAUGAUUAGACAUAGUCCAAUUAUAUCAAAUUGUAGUUCUGGUUCUACUGUUGACUCGAUUAUUGUUAAUGCUGUGAGGACAAUGGCGAAUCAUAGUGUUAAUGGAAGACAUGUCGAAGAUGGAAGAAAUCAAAGAGCACAAGGUUUUGCAACAGUUCUUCAAGACUUCACUAACUAUAACCACAAUGAUUUACCAGGUGAACAUAAGCAACGAGAUAUGGAUAAUAGAGAUCAUUCAACCUCCAAAUAG